AAUGGCCGCCGCCAUGUUAACCGCGUGCGUUGUGCGCCGCAGAACCGUUUAGUUGUUUCGUUAAUGCUCUUGUCGAAUACCGCUGGCUGAGUUUUUCUCGCUUGCAAACAUCCAGCUUGAGUAAUGUAAAGGUAUUGCACAUUUAGUCAUCGUUCAUUCGCAGCAGCCACCAUCAUGAGUCGCAUCGUAAAGGUUUUCAAGACUCUACGAAAUCACUGGAAAAAGUCCACAUUCGCUGCGUGUUUGUUGACUUACGGAGGAUGGUACCUCAACGAAAGGCACAAGACCACCCUGAUGAUGAGAGCUCUUUGCCUUCGGGCAAAGGAUUAUGGUGACAUGCCCAUUCCUGCAGGAGCUAAGCCCAGACAUGUCACCGUCAUAAUAAACCCGACGUCCAAAGAUGGGAAAGGAAAAAUUCUUUAUGAAAAGUAUGCUGCCCCCCUAUUGCAUCUAGCUGGUAUCCGCGUCAGCUGCUUUCAGACGGAGUAUGAGGGCCAAGCCAAAAGUUUGAUGGAAGUGCUGGACAAUACUGAUGCAGUGGUCAUAGCUGGUGGAGAUGGCACAUUACAUGAGGCAAUCACAGGUCUCAUGUCACGAGAUGAUUUUGUAGUGGCAUGCAAGCGAUUCCCAGUGGGCGUCAUUCCAGCUGGCAAGACCAACUCACUUGCCAAGCUUUUGUUCUGGGAGCCAGGCAUCACUGAAGCCAGGUGGAUUGCACUGUCUGCAAUGGCUGUUGUCUCAGAACAGCUCUCGAAAAUGGAUGUCAUAAAAGCAGAGCUUGAAAGUGAAGAAGGCGGGGAAAAGGAAGUGAAAACCGUUUACUCCCUUGGACAAAUAGAGGAAGGCGCGUACCACAACCUGCUCACCACGAUACCCAAGUAUUGGUACUUUGGUCCACUAAAGGCAAGAGCUGCACUAUUCUUCGGAGCCCUCAAGGGUGUUCCAGAAACAACUGUUGCUAGGCUAUCCUACAGUGAACCGUGCAGCGGUUGCUCAUGGUGUUUCAACCAAAAUGCGUUGGGGGAAGUAAAACCACCUCCGAAACGUCGCUGGUGGCAUUCGCUGAUCCACAGAGCUGCUCCACAGAGUGAGUUUGAGGCUCGCUGCAGCAAGGUCAUCAACGAGAACUGCGGGUCUUGGCAGGAAGAAGUCACGGAGCACAGCCAGCUCGACGUUUCAACGUACACACAAGAGGAUCUUCGCGCGCUGCAAUUGAAGGCCAGUCCGCCUCUCUCUGGAAGGUACCAACUGUUUUCUGAAUGUCUCCAGAGGCAUUUAGGUAAGACAAGUGAAGUACGUUCACACCAACACCAAAUCUUGACCCGCGAAGCCAUUGUGAACUACUCCAGUGAAUCACAGCCUGGCAGUCCAGAGAGCAAGAAGACUGUGUCCAUAGACUCUGUUGAGUACAAGGCAGAUCGUGUGCACCUGAAGCUCGUACCUAGUAUUUUGAAUGUGUACCGACACAAAGAUAGCUAACAGAUGGGGCAUAUUGUCUGAGCUCUGCUCAUGUGUCAUUUUAUUACACUUGAUGGCAGUGCAGUGUAUUUAUAAAUACUAUCCACUUGUUGUUACUGACGGCGUAGGGGUCAUUUCGUGAGGCUUUAUAUGAAAGAAGUGUAACAUAAAUGCACCGCACUAUUGACAAUGUGUUCGCUUGUUUUUCCUGCAGGAAAACGUCUUGGUAGGUAACUACAAUUCUCAGUAGGCCACAGGCAUUUUUGUAAACAAUUAGAGUGCUUAUUAUUCAUGUUUGUGCUUCUUUAAACCUCAAUGUAACAGUGCUACGUAGUGCAUUAUUGUACAAGCUAUUGUGCAAGGAAAAUUUCAUUGGAGACUAUUGUGUGAAGUUUUACAGGCAAAAGUAAAUAAACACAAACAGCACAUCUUGCUUGCUCUAACUU